AUCUGGCAACACUGACAACAGCUAAACUGCAGGGACAUGGAGAAAGCAGUACUAAGUGUAGCUCUUAUAACCAGGAGCCACAGAAAAGGCAGAUAUUGUCUUCCCUGAGUGAGCAAGGAGAGAUAACAAGAAGAAUCAAAGACCACGUCAAAAGUCUACUUUGCUCUGUCCGGAAGAGUAGGAGUGAGAGACGAGGGAUCUUAACACUGGAUCUCAAGGAUAAACCAUGGACUCUGCAUACAUCUCAACACACCUGGACGUUCACCAUGCUCCCUGCUAACCUGCUGCUCCUGAUGGUCCUGCUGCUACCUCUGCCCUCGUCAGGUCGCCACAGCGGACAAGCCAGCCACAUCGACCAUGGCCAGUCCAGCUCAGUUCUGGAGCCCAGUGUGGUUCACACCAUUCAGAGUCUGCUGCUGAGCCGUCUGGGCCUCAAGUCCAAACCUGAGCCCCAUACUGGAGUUCAGGUGCCGCGCUACCUCCUCGACCUGUUCCACUACCACCAGCAGCAGUACCACCUGCUGGAAGACCCAGCCUUCAGCUUUCCCUCUCACCACAUCCAACAGGCCAACACAGUUCGCAGUUUCCACCACUCAGAGCCCUUUGGUGACGCUGCUGAGGAAGACCACAAGAGAGCACACAUCUCCUUUAACAUCUCGUCCAUCCCACACGAUGAAACAUUGCUGUCUGCUGAGCUCAGGCUCCUGAGAAAUGACAGGGCCGCUCUCGGCCCUUGGCCCCUAAGACUGAACCUGUAUCUCUCUGAAACCUUCAAAGAUCCGAACCCUGUUCUAAUUGAGAGUCGUUUACUCGGCCAUGGUCAAGAGGAGGGUUUGUGGGAGGCAUUUAGCCUGAGCUCAGAGCUCCUCCAUAGAGCCCUCUCUGGACCUGGCAGAGUGGGCUUUGUGCUAGAGCUCCAAUCAGAGAAGAACAGCUCACUCCAUGACCAGAACAUCACAUCACAUGUUGCUGACCAGGAAACCAGAGAGAGUCAUUUAAGGGUACGCAGGUCUGUGAAGCAGGACGACUACAGCUGGACUCAGGAGAGACCUCUGUUGGUGACCUAUAGCCAUGACGGCCGUGGCGAGCCUUUAGUGAAACAUGGUAGGAGGAAUCCUAGCAUACUGAAGAAGAUGAGAGGGAGAAAAGGAACCAAAGAGAGGAACAGGAAUAGUAGUAUGGACCAUUAUAGAGACUGGGGAAACACCAAAAAAGCAAGUCCAAGCUGGGCUGGCAAUAAAGGAGGGCUUGGUUGGGGUGAUAGAAGAGUAAAAAGAAAUGGUGGGCGUGCGUCCAAACUAAAGCGUCUCUCUAGAAACAGGUGCCGGCGCCAUAAUCUCUAUGUAGAUUUCAAUGAUGUCGGAUGGCACAAGUGGAUUAUUGCUCCCAGUGGUUAUGACGCCUUCUUCUGCCUGGGCGAGUGCCGCUUUCCGCUGGCUGACCACAUGAACUCUUCCAGCCACGCCAUGGUGCAGACCUUGGUGAACUCUGUUAAUGGAGCAGUGCCCCGGGCCUGCUGUGUUCCCACCUCCCUCAGCCCCAUCGCCCUUCUUUACCUGGACUCCCAAGACCGUGUGGUACUGAAGAACUACCAGGACAUGGUGGUGGAGGGCUGUGGCUGCCGAUAAUAAGCAUCAUGUCUGACCAUAGUGGAAAGCAUAAUAAGAACAGCCUAUGACUGAUUAUGCAAUCCACCGAGAAUGAGAUUUGAAUGUAGCAGUAAGGAGAGAAUAUGGAAAGUGAUGAUCAAAAAUAAAAGCUAAAUUGAUGGACAUAAAAUGGAUGUUAAAACAUUAUCAAUAAGACUAGUGCAAAAGUGCAAGAGGAAAAAAAAUAUCAACAGUACUGCCAAAAGAUAUUACUAACUUACAUAGUGAUGCAUUAGUUUACAUAUUUAUAACAUUCAUGGUCACUGAAAAGAAGCCAGGGCCUUGAUAUUAGAUUCUCUCAUAUUUCUUCAAGAGCAGCCAAACUGCCAAGCCUAGCAGCACUUAAAGCUUUGCUGUAUAUUAUGGUUUAAAGAACCUAGCAAUUAUCAACAGCACCAGCAAUACGACAAUGCCACCAGCGUGGGAUCUAACACAGUGUCUUAACUGAGGGUGAACACUUUAAUAUAAAGACAAGAGUUCGACAAGCACCCUUACAUACAAGCUAUUUAAAACACAGCAAUAUUUGAAUACUGAAGAGGUAUUAUGCUAUUGUUUGAAUGUACCACUAUCUUAUUAUUUAAAAUGUUUUUGUACAUUUCUGUUGCAGUCAUUAGAUGGUUGUCUUGUGAUUAUGUAUAAUUUAAAAGACACAUUCUGUAUUUAAAUAUUAGCAAUAUGUUGUAUUUAAUCUUUAAAGUAUUUAAGAUACCUGCACUCAACAGAGUAUAUGGCAAACCUAGAGCUUCCAGUGAUUAAGGAGGCCACACGCCUGUAUAGAUGCUCAGUGUAUUAAGUCUGUGUAACACAUAAUAACCACUGCGCAGUUCAAUGUACAACAUGAUAGCAGACAAAUGUGGUGUUGUCAUUAGAAGCUCAACUAACAAAUAAAAGAAAAGCUCUGUGUUGUAGCUGCUGAAGUGUAAAACAGGCGUCUUUGCUAGUUGUGUGUGCAUGUUCUAAGAUUCAGACUUUAGUGCCUUCUAAACAGGGGCUAUAAACAUAUUCUCUGCUGAGCUAAAUCAUUCUUUUGUUGUGUUGCAUUUCUUUUCCAGUGGAAACGGCUUGUAAAAUGUUCGACAAUAUACCUCUAUUAAACAGAGCAA